AUGAAAGCGUCAAAGAGGUUUCAGCUGGCACUGUCAGCCCAUGGUUCUGUGCUCAGAGAAGAGGAUGUCCUGGUGAAGGAGAAGUUUGUGUUUCCAGAUGGAGAACGUGUUGCCAGCAGCACGCUCGUGGACACCUUACUGGCCAAGGACUUCCAGCUCAGCAUCAAUAAUGUGCUUUAUGACGUCCAUGCACCUGAAAAAGGGCGUCUGUCCAGUGAGCGUGCCAGAGAGCUGCAGGAUGUGAAGCACGUGGUGCACGUGCUGCACACGGCGCUCCACCAGCCUGAUCUCCACCUGCUGAGGGAGAAGCAGCUGCUGGAGAAGGUGGACCACCUGAAACAGGAGCUGGCACCUCUUGAGCAGAUAAAGGCCCAGCUGUCCCACACUGCAGAGGUUCAGACCUCCCGGCUUCUGUGGACUGGCCUGGCCCUGCUGUCUGUGCAGGGCGGGGCCCUGGCCUGGCUCACCUGGUGGGUCUACUCAUGGGAUGUCAUGGAGCCCGUCACCUACUUCAUCACCUACGCCACCAGCAUGGCAGCUUUCGCCUAUUAUGUGCUCACGAAACAGGACUGUGUGUAUCCAGACGCUCAAGACCGACAGUUUCUGCGUUACUUUUAUAAAGCAGCCAGGAAGAAGGAUUUCAGUGUGUACAAAUACAACGAGCUGAAGGACGAACUGGCCCAGGUGGAGGAGGAUCUGAGACGUCUGAGGAACCCAAACCGGCUUCAGCUGCCGCUCCAACAGAUUCAGCCAAAGCCAUAAAUGAUGCACAUCUGGAAACUUUGAAACGGCUCAAAUGUAGACUUUAUUUUGAUGCUGUUACUUUUUACCACUUUU